AUGCUGCAUCCCGGCUCAUCUGCUGCAGCUGCUGCAGCAGCAUCACCGGCAGCAGCAGCAGCAGCAGCUGCUGCUGCUGCUGCAGCUCCCGGUGCAGCUGCUGCUGCAGCAGAUCCCCUACCUUUAACUUCCUCUCCCUUACAAGGGGCCCCCCUUAGAAGCCCAGGGUUCAAGAGCGCCACGGGGGGCCCCCUGGGGGGCCCCCUGGGGGGCCCCCCAGGGGGCCCCCCGGAGGCCCCAGAGGGCCAGCUGGGGCCCCUGGGGACCCCAAAAGAAGCAGAUGCAUCAUGGGGGCCUCUCGGGGGCCCUCAGGGGCAGCAGCAGCAGCAGCAGCAACAGCAGCAGCAGCAGCAGCAGCAGCUUUCAUGGAGCCAGCUGGGGCCCUUUGGGGGCCCCUCCUUGCGGGGGGCCCCCGUGGCUGCUUGCGGUCUUUUGGGGGCCCCCGCCGCAGCAGCUUGCGAGGAUUCUUUUGCAUGCAAUUCUGCUGCUGACCAGCAGCAGCAGCAGCAGCAGCAGCAGCAGCAGCAGCGGCAAGCCCAAAAGGGCCAGCGAAGGCUGGAGCGCCUGGAAGGCAACAGGAGCAGCGCAGCAGCAGCAGCAGCUCCUGCUGCUGCUGCUGCUGCUGCUGCUGCAUCGGAUGAAGAGAUUGGGCGGCCCUUCGUGACCAAAGAAGCUGUUUUGGAAUAUAUGAAUGCUCAAGAGCUGAAGCAGCUUUUGCUGCAGCACAACCUCACUGCCGAGCCGUAUACAGAAGGCGUGGCCUUCGCCAUAGGCGAGGGGGGCCGGGAGUUCUUGAGGGCCUCUUUGCUGCACUUCACCGAAGGCCGCGCGCUGCAGGGCGCCAGCGUCUCGCAGCUGCUGCGGCUCGCCCAGGCUUUAGGGCUGUGGCCGCUGGUGCAGCGCAUUCGCGCCGAGCGCGUCAGCGGCUGCCUUUCGGGGCUUCAUUUGGCCUUUGCGAAUUUCAAAGCUGCGCAGAGCCGCAGACGGCGGCGCAGCAGCAGCGCCUCGAUGCACGUGAUCCGCGACUCGGGGGGGCGGAUCCUCAACAUUAUCUACGAUCCCAGCAAGAGCCUGACCAUUGGUCUGCACGGGCGGGUGCGGCUGAAGCUGCUGAUCACGCGGCGGAUGGAGGAGGACCCGGCGCAGGCGAACGCACUGCUGAUCGAACACGGACUUGAACGAGUCCGCCUCCGCUACGCCACCGUCGCCGAGCUCCUCGCCCUCGCCUGGGUCUUGGGCUUGUGGCGCGCCGUGGAGGAAAUUGCCCAGGAGAACGAAGACCACAGGCGCCGUGCGCAGCCCCAGGGCCCCCCUGCUGCUGCUGCUGCUGCUGCUGCUGCUGCUGCUGCUGCGGGGGGGGGGCAGGCGGGGGAGCGCGCGGAGCAGCCGCAGCAGCAGCAGCUGCUGCAGCAGCAGCGGCAGCAGCAGGAGGCCGUGCGCCCCAGGAAACGACGCGCUCAGGGGCCAACAGACGCGGGGGGGGCCCCCAGCUGUGGGGGGGGGCCCCUGCAGCAGGGGGGCCCCCCAGCCCCACGGCGGGUCUCUGACUCAGGAGUUGAAGCUGAGUCUCUUUGUGUUCGCUCGCCCUCGUCUUCUUCCUGCCAGACAGACCGCGGAAGCCGCUGCAGCGCAGCAGCAGCAGCAGCAGCAGCAGCAGAGGGAGCAGCAGGAGCAGCAGAGGCAGUUGCGGCGAAGGCGACUGGGGCUGAAAGGGAGGACUUUGAGGCCCCAGUCUCUUCAGCUGCUGCUGAGGCUUCUGCUGCGGCAAAUCUGCAGCAAACUGCAGCAGCAGCAGCAGCAGCAGCAGAGCCGCAGACGCACUUCGAGCGCAUUGCACAGCUAGUUGCUGCUGCCAAUCCAGCAGCACCAAACGCGAAGGCCGUUGCUGCUGAAAUUGUCCAUGAGCUGCUGGCUCUUGUGCGGAAUCGGCUGCUGCCAGACCCUCCUGCUGCUGUGCUGCAGCAGCUGCAGUCUGCUGCAGCUUGUCUCGGGGUCCACUUGAAGCAGCGGGGGGCCCCGCAGGUCUUAGCAGCAGCGGGGACGCCCCCAGAGGACUCCAGAUAA